ACUGGACUCAUUCUCUCUAUGAUGCUCGCCUGAGAGGAUAUUCUCUGUGCCCGGCUCCUGUUGUGCGCGUAAAACCUUCUAAUGAAAUCAAAAAUUACUUUUUGACCAACUUAGAAUUCGUUCUACUUAGGGUCAAGAGGGCUUCAACAUACGUAACAUUCAAAUCCCUGCGAAAGAAAAUUUAAGAAUCAUGGAGCCCAAUUCUACCGCGGGAGGGGCUGAACAAGAACACCAUGGAAACUACUCACCAAAUCCAUCUGUAGAUGGGGCACCUGGCAAGCAAGCUGUGGCAGAGGCUUUGGAAGAGGUGCAGGAGGAGUUGAUAGAACAUCAGCCCCUGGAGCAGGAAGACUUGAACUUCGAAAAAUGGAAGCCCAAGCCAAAACCGAAGAGGACUCUCCAUGAGAAAGCGGGCGACAUAAAGACAUAUUUAUGGAAUGCAGAGACCAGAGAGUUCAUGGGGCGCACUGGGCAUAGCUGGUUUUUGAUCAUCCUCUUCUACACCACUCUUUAUGCCUUCCUUGCGGCCAUGUUUGGCGCCUGUAUGUGGUGUCUUAUGCUGUCCAUCAGCCCCUACCAUCCAACCCACAAUGACAGGGUGAUGCCACCAGGUAUGACGAUGUCCCCACAACUGGACGGGCACUUUGAGAUUGCUUUUAACGCUUCCGACCGCAAGUCUUGGAGGAAGUAUGUAAAGCUUAUGGAGGAACAGCUAAGACCGUACAACGACGACAUACAGGAUCAGAGGAACAUCCAGUGUCAGCAGGACGUGUAUUUUAUACAGGACGACCUGGAGGAGAGUGCGGAGAGGAAGGCAUGCCAGUUCAAGAGGUCCUGGCUAGGCGAGUGCUCGGGACUGGAGGACCCCUACUUUGGCUUCUCCCAAGGAAAACCGUGCAUCCUCCUCAGAAUGAACCGGAUUCUCGGCUAUUUCCCUGGCCAAGGUGUUCCAGUAAAUGUGACCUGUGGAGUCAAGAAAGGGGCGCCCGAAAGCUUGGGUGAAUUUCAGUUCUUCCCGAAAAGCAUUUUCAACCUGAUGUACUACCCCUACUAUGGGAAGCUGAGACAUGUAAACUACACAGCGCCGGUGGUGGCCGUGCGUUUCAACGGGCUCCAGUACGACACGCACAUUGUUGUAAAGUGCAAACUCAACGGCAAGGGCAUCAUUAACGAUUCGCCUACCGAUCGCUUCCUGGGCAGCGUGUCCUUCUCCUUCGACGUGGGCGCGUAAUACUGUUACCGUGUGCAAAUAUCCCCACGACAAACGGGGAUACUGGAGAAUAUAUGAAAAAGUCUCACUGCGUUGAAUCCUUUUUUUUUUUUUUGCUGAAAAUAGUUGACCAGAUUCUCUUCUCCCAUUCCCUCCUGUACCCUUGUGCCUUUUGCUGAAAAGAGCAAUACUUGUGAAUGUUAAUUGUUCGUAAGCACACACUCCUCACUGAUAGUGCUGAGCACAAGAUAAGUAGAGAAACUGAAUAAUCCUGUUGAAUACUUAGCAAGAUUAAUACCAUUAGAUGUAUGAAAUGCCACCCACUGGGCACCGACGUUCGUUCAACGUCUAUUUUUGAACGUGAAAUCAACGUAGAAUCUGAGCACGUCAUUGUAAUUAGGUUUAACUGUUGCUGUAAAGACAAUUCCCUUAGGUUGGUUCCUUUUUCUUCAACCUCUUUUCCACAGUGACGUAACGCCAUCAAAUAAAAAAUGUCAUGGUUGAAAUUAUGCAAAAACGUUGAUUCAACAUUUUUUUGCCCAGUGGGAAGGCUCAUCUCAGAGAUAUAUUAUUAAACAGUACACACUGCCCUAUACAGUAUUUAGUCUUUGUAGCUAUGCAAUUCCAAAUGUAAGAAAUUAUUAAUAGACUUAUUAAUAGACAGAAAUACCAACUGUUCAAUAGGGAUAAGAGAAACAUGUUAAGCACAAUUUGAUUUGAAAUCAAAUUGUGUACUAAUUUCUUUUGAAUUUGUGCCUUUACAAGCAGCAUUUGUCGUGUUUUGUAGACUCCAGGGGAUACCAUUUGAACAAUGUCAAAGGCAAGACAGUUUUACAGUAAAAAGGAAACAGUAAAUGGUUAAAUUUCAGGUUUUGUUGUCAUUUGAUAGCUCCUACGUUUAUUGAUGAUACGUAUAAAGCAUCUAUGCCGCCA